GACAGAAGACAGGUGGAGAGGGAGAUAUAUAGUGAGAAGCAGAGAGACAUGAAAUAGGGAUGAAGUAUUUGUGAACAUUUUAUCCAUUUUCUAGAGAGGUAAUAGAUAUCAAAUCUGUAGAUGGAUUUUAGCAAAUCUCCUUUCUAUGGUAUAUACUGUACUAGUCAAGUUGGGCCUUGAGAACUUAUUUGAUUUCUUUGCAAACUCAAUCUGAGUCGGGUUACAAACACCUCCAUAACUGAGCAACAAUGCAGCAAAUCUGGCUUUCUCUAUUGUGUGGCUUUUGCCUUCGCCUGGUUAUCUUUUGCAGGGCUGAGGAAGGUCUUGAAUUCCCUAAUUUUGACGGGAAGGACAGGGUGCUGGACAUCAGCGAGCGCAACUACAAGAAGGCUUUGAAAAGAUACGACCUGCUGUGCCUGUUCUACCAUGAACCACUGCCGGCCAACAAGGGCCUGCAGAAGCGGUUCCAGAUGACAGAGCUGGUGCUGGAGCUCACAGCUCAGGUCCUGGAGAACAAAGACAUCGGAUUUGGGAUGGUGGACUGCCAGAAGGAUGCCAAAGUAGCCAAAAAACUGGGUCUGGAGGAGGUGGGCAGCUUGUACGUCUUUAAGGACGACCGUGUCAUUGAGUUCGAUGGGGAGCUCUCAGCAGACACACUGGUGGAGUUUCUGUUGGAUGUGCUGGAGGACCCAGUGGAAAUGCUCCACAACGCCAUGGAGCUGCGAGCCUUUGAGAGGAUGGAAGAAGACAUCCGCCUCAUUGGCUACUUCAAGGGAGAAGAUUCAUACUACAAAGCUUUCCAGGAGGCCUCAGAGCGUUUUCAACCUUACAUCAAGUUCUUUGCCACAUUUGAUAAAUCUGUAGCCAAACACCUCUCCCUCAAGAUGAACGAAGUCAAUUUUUAUGAGCCCUUCAUGGAGGAGCCGGCCAUCCUGCCUGGCAGACCUCUGUCGGAGAUGGAUAUUGUCGAAUUUGUCAACCAACAUAGAAGAGCCACCUUGAGGAAGCUCCGGGCAGAGAAUAUGUUUGAAACAUGGGAGGACGACAUGGAUGGAAUACAUAUUGUUGCAUUUGCUGAGGAGGAAGAUCCAGAUGGCUAUGAGUUCCUUGAGAUCCUGAAAGACGUGGCCAGAGACAACACCAACAACCCAGAGCUCAGCAUCGUCUGGAUCGACCCUGAUGACUUCCCUCUGCUGACCACUUACUGGGAAAAAACCUUCAAGUUGGACCUGUUUAGACCUCAGAUCGGUGUGGUCAAUGUCACAGAUGCGGACAGCGUGUGGUUGGACAUGUCCAACGAUGAGGACCUGCCGACCCCUGAGGAGCUGGAGGACUGGAUAGAGGACGUCCUGUCUGGGAGGGUGAACACGGAGGAUGACGACGAGUCUGACGGCGACCUGGAGGACCCUGACGGCUACGUUCCAGUGGACAGCUACGAAAGUCACGACCCAGAUGAGGAAGAUGAUAAUGAUGACUAACCGGAAUUCAAUUGUUGUUGUCCUAGCAGUUCAGACCUGGGUGAAAGUACUGAACUCGCUUGGCACAUUAGAUCCACAUUACUCAUACAUUCUCUCUCUUUUUUUUCUCCACAUCAUUUAAAAGAAGUAACAUUUAAAGGAAACGUAUGAUGUUGCAAAAAGAGAUUCUCUGUAGAUUUUGGUUUAAA